AGAGGCUGAUGGGGCACUGGAGACUGCGCUGUCUCUGGCCUCAGCACCAUGGAAACGCUUGGUGGGGCUAGGGCGGCAAUGGCGGCUUGGUCUGUUUUAACCGCUAAGGCUCUGACUGCAUUCCUCAUGUUGGUCCUCCCUCGCGUCUCACAGGCUCUCACCUUCUCCUUACCUUUCCAGCAGCCAGAGACAUGCAGCCACAACCAGUACUUCGAUAUCUCGGCGCUGUCCUGUGUCUCGUGUGGAGCCAACCAGAAGCAGGAUGCUCGAGGAACCUCAUGUGUGUGUUUACCAGGAUUUCAGAUGAUUUCUAAUAAUGGAGGACCUGCCAUUAUUUGUAAAAAGUGUCCAGAAAACAUGAAUGGUGUUACUGAAGAUGGCUGGAACUGCAUUUCUUGCCCUAGUGGCUUAACUGCAGAAGGAAAAUGCCACUGUCCCGCUGGCCAUAUUUUAGUGGAAAGAGAUGUUAAUGGAUCAUUGUUAUCUCAAGCAACUUGUGAGCUUUGUGAUGGAAAUGAAAACUCUUUUACUACAGCCAGUGCUUUAGGAAACACAUGUGUCCGAUGUGAACCAACAUUCAUUAAUGCCAGCAGGUCCUGUGAAUGUUCGGAACCUAACAUUUUAACAGGGGGAUUAUGUUUCAGCAGCUCAGGGAGUUUUCCUCCACGUGUAAUUUCAGCUGCACGCCAGGGAGAGCCUGGGAUGUCUUUCAUUUCAGAAUGGUUUGCAAAGUAUUUGCAGUCAGCAGCAGCUGCAUGUUGGGUGUAUGCCAACCUAACAUCUUGCCAAGCUCUUGGUAAUAUGUGUGUGAUGAAUAUGAAUUCUUAUGACUCUGCUCUUGAUGCAUGUCGACUGUUUCAGUUUAUCUUUGAAAAUACUGCUGGACUGAGCACUGUGCAUUCUAUUUCAUUUUGGAGACAGAAUCUUCCAUGGCUGUUUUAUGGAGACCAAUCAGGACUGGCACCUCAAAUACUCAAUAGUAGACCUCUUCCUACAAAUUUCAGUUUUAAAAGACAAAGCCAGAAUACAGAACUGAAGUUUGUUGCUGCUUCCUAUGAUAUAAGAGGAAAUUUUCUUAAAUGGCAAACUUUAGAAGGAGGUGUUUUACAGCUUUGUCCAGACACAGAGGCAAGACUAAAUGCUGCUUAUUCUUUUGGAACAACCUAUCAACAAAAUUGUGAGAUUUCUCUUUCUAAGAUCCUAACCGACUUUCCCACUCCUAUAUUUUAUGAUAUUUACCUUGAAUAUAUUGAUGAAAAUCAACAACAAAAUAUUUGGGCUGUACCUGUGUUAAAUUUAAAUCUUCAACACUAUAAAAUGUUUGUGAAUCAAGACAGUAGCUCUGGCAAGUGGCUUCUGACUCGGCGCAUUUUCUUAGUGGAUGCAGUAAGUGGACAAGAAAAUGACUUAGGAAAUCAGCCAAGAGUAAUUCGAAUUGCUACCCAGAUAUCACUGAGCAUCCACCUUGUACCUGACACAAAAAAUGGAAACAUAUACCCUCCCUUAAUCACAAUUGCCUACAGCGACAUUGAUGUCAAAGAUCCCUACCGCCAAUCUGUAAAGAUUUCUUUCUCAGUCAAAUAUGAAAUGGAUCAAAGAGAAGCAUUUGUCCAGACAGAUAUUGCUUUGGGUGUGUUGGGUGGGCUAGCUGUUUUAUCAUCUCUUUUGAAGACAGCGGGGUGGAAAAGACGCAUUGGGAGUCCCAUGAUUGAUCUACAGACAGUUAUGAAAUUCUUCGUGUACUAUGCUGGCGAUCUGGCCAAUGUCUUUUUUGUCGUCACAGUGGGAACAGGUCUUUAUUGGCUUAUCUUCUUCAAAGCCCAGAAGUCUGUCUCUGUUUUGCUACCACUGGCAGCUCAGGAAGAACGCUUCGUCACUUACGUGGGAUGUGCUUUUGCUCUGAAGGCCCUGCAAUUUUUGCAUAAACUCAUAUCCCAGAUUACCAUAGAUAUAUUCUUUAUUGAUUGGGAGCGGCCUAAAGGAAAAGUUCUUAAAGCUGUUGAAGGUGAGGGCGGUGUACGGACUGCCACUGUUCCUGUAAGCAUUUGGAGAACGUAUUUUGUAGCAAAUGAAUGGAAUGAGAUUCAGACUGUGAGGAAAAUUAAUCCACUCUUUCAAGUACUUACCAUUCUCUUCUUUUUGGAGAUUGUGGGAUUCAAGAACUUAGCAUUAAUGGACUCAUCCUCUAGUCUUUCUAGAAGCCCAUCUAGCUACAUACCUCCUUACAGCCGCAUAUUGAGGUAUGCUGUGUCUACUGCUCUUUGGCUGGUCAUUGGAGUUACACAGAUGGUGUUCUUUGUUGGCUUUUAUGAGCGAUUCGUAGAGGAUAAAAUUCGACAGUUUGUUGAUUUGUGCUCAGUGAGUAAUAUAUCAGUGUUUUUGUUAUCCUACAAAUGUUUUGGAUAUUACAUUCAUGGUAGAUCGAUACAUGGGCAUGCAGAUACUAAUAUGGAAGAGAUGAAUAUAAAUCUUAAAAGAGAAGCGGAAAACUUGUGUAGCCAAAGAGGUUUGGUACCCAACACAGAUGGUCAGACUUUUCAGAUUGCAGUUUCCAGCCAGAUGAGGCAGCACUAUGACAGGAUUCAUGAGACGCUCACAAGGAAAAAUGGCCCUGCUAGACUAUUGAGUUCAUCAGCAAGUACUUUUGAGCAGAGUAUAAAAGCAUAUCAUGCGAUGAAUAAAUUUCUUGGCUCUUUCAUUGAUCAUGUACAUAAGGAAAUGGAUUACAUUAUAAAAGAUAAAUUGCUUCUUGAAAGAAUUCUUGGGAUGGAAUUCAUGGAACCAGUGGAAAAAAGUAUCUUUUACAAUGAUGCAAGUUACUCUUUCAGCAGUGUGUUGUAUUAUGGAAGUGAAGCCACUCUUCUUAUUUUCGAGCUGCUGUUCUUCUGUGUUGUGGAUUUGGCUUGCCAGAACUUUAUUGUAGCAGCCUUCCUCACAUACCUACAACAAGAGUUGUUUUAAUUUUUCAGAUUUUUAGAUUUAUCCGUAAUACGGUAGGACAAAAGAAUUUGGCAAGCAAAACACUGGUGGAUCAAAGAUUUCUGAUUUAACUUAUUGAUUAGAUAACGUAAGCACUCAAGAUAGUCAUGGCAAAAAGUCAUGAUACAGGUAUGCCAUAUUUUUAAAAACUUGUAAUAUGAAUUACUCUUUUUUUUUUUACCAGCAGAAAAUUUUAUUUUUAUAACUUGUGAAAAUAUGUGAUACAGAGGAAAAUAUCAUUUUCCCAUUUAUGUAUGUUUUUUUUUUUUUUUUUGGUACCGGGGAUUGAACUCGGGACCUUGCACUUGUGAGGCAGGCAGUGGAUAUGUAUCUUUCUUAAUUCACUAAUAAACUAACACUGAUGACCUAGAAAAAUAUCUAAAUGUUCCUUUCAACACAACAUUUUUGAAUGAUAAUCAAAAUAAUUGCCAUCAUUUGUCUCUAUGGGUCAUUUCAUAAACUGUCAUUUACCUGCAUUUUUUCACAUUAAUUUCAAAUUUAUUCCAAGUUCAAGACCAGUUUUCAGUUUAGUGUUUAUGUUUUAUUUACAUUUAUAAUUAAAUAAAUUUGAAAAUACUUUCAUAUUUCCUUAGAAAUUAUGAAUUGUAUUAUUGCUGACUCAAUUUACCGUGCUGUAAUUGCUCACCCUGUUUGGCAGUGGACUAAUUCACUGUUAGACAUCUCCUGAAGUAGUACAGACGUAUUCUUUCAUACACCUGUAUUAUUGCAUCACUACACUCUUUCAAGGGAGUGUUGACAUCUCUAACAUGGUUUACAUUUAUUAUGUCACAAUGUGUGACAUUCCUCCCACUAUAGUUUUUUUACAUUUUAAUUACUUAAUAUUUUUGCUUUUAAACUAGUUUUUCUUCUAUUAUACUUAAAGAUUGCAAAUAAUAGUGUAAAUUUAUCAUAUUCUGUUGAUGGGAUUUAUUGGAAGCAAACUUCAGCUCUAUAAAUCAGUAAGGUUUUCUUUUUUAUAGUAUAUGUUUGCAGUACAUAAUAGUUUUAUUCAUUGUGGGGAAUUUCUAUAUGUAGACCUCAUAUCUUGAUCAUUUUUGAUCAAUCCCUUUUUGCUCAACCUUCCUUUUUCCCUUUUUCUGAUCCUCUUCCUAUCUCCAAAAAGUCUGCUUCCCUGUUUCCUAUUAUCGCUUUUAUUUUAUUUUUAAUUUAUUUGUACUUUAGAUUUUCACUAUAAGAGAAACCAUCCAGUAUUUCACUUUCUGUGCCUGACCUUUUUCAUUUAACAUUGUGGUCUAAAGAUACAGUCACCAGCAUUUCAUUCUUUUUUAUGGCUGAAUAAUAUUCUAUUGUGUAUAUAUAUUACAUUUUCUUUAUCCAUUCAUCUGUUGAUAAUCAAUUUAAAAUAAGGGAAAAAAUUUGGAUUCAAAAUAUUAAAUUCAGAACUAUGUAGCUAAUAAUUCUCUGUACUUUUUUCCCUCAACAUACUCUUUAAUAAUAACUCUUCUUCAUGGUAUGCCAUGUCCUUGGCCCUCAUAUUUCAAAUAUAAUGGUUCUUAACUCAGAAACCAGCAUUUCUUAUUGUUUGGUGUGUUUUUUUCUGGUACCAGGGCUCAAACUUAGGACCUUGUUCUUGUGAGGCAGGCAUGGUGCCGCUCCUGGCUCUUAUUGCUUUUUACAUUGAUGCCUUGUAAGUAAAUAAAUAUAAUGCUGUGUAAAUAUUGUUCAUAUUUCUGAACUGAAAAUAUAUAAUAAAACAUUUGAUGUUUC